AAAGGGUUGGGCGUUCACUCUGAAGCGGAGCGACGGCGGCCGCGCACGGCUGACCGGGGGCAUGUGUUCCGGCACGCAGACCAAAAUAGUGAAUGAAGAGAAAAAUGCAAACGAACAAGAAUUUAACUUUGAAAAAGCUCGUCUGGAAGUGCACAAGUUUGGAAUCACGGGCUACAGGAAGCAGGAGCAACGUGUAUGGGAACAGGAGCGUGCUGUCAUGCUGGGAGCCAAGCCCCCCAAAAAGGAACACAUGAACUACAAGACUUACCAAGAGAAAAUGAAAGAGAAAAAAGCAGCGAAGGAUGAUGAUAAGGGAAAGGAACAUAAAGGUGAUUCUCUUAAGAAGAAGAAGAAGAAAGAACAGAAGGAGAGGAAGGCCAAAAGGAAGAAAUCAGUGCCUAGCAUUUGGCCUGCAGGACAAGUUGGAAAAUUCAGAGAUGGGACCUUGAUUCUGCAAAGCCAUGACAUAAAGAAAAUUAAAUCAUCUAAAGUUAUCAAAUGAACUUAUGAUACAGAGUGAAAUGGACAAUACGCAUAAGAUAGAAUUCACGUUGCUACCAACACAGACUAAUGGAGCCUCUUGCCUUCCCACCAUAUCCUUUUUUUACCUUACUUGUUGAAGGAUUUUUUAUAUUCCAUUCUGCCUUGGGAAGAACAUGAGAAUUUACCAUUUAGUAAAUAAAAAUAAGACUUUCUAUUAAGAAUGCUA